UCAACUCUCGUGCCAGCUCGGCGACAGGGACGUCGUAUUGUCUUUUCUCAUGGCAUGCUACGACAGAAGCAAAUUGUUUCCGCGCAAAACACAAGUCGAACAUGGUAACUCCGUCGCAGGGCGCACGACAGAGGAGCUUCGCAAUUCAGACGGACUUUCCCUUUCGGGAUUCAGUAAGCAAUUGCUGUUGGGUCAGCGCGACGCAUUCGGGCGAUCGCCAUUACACCUCGUAUGCUGCGCAGCGAAAGGGCUGUUCUUCAGGGACGCUGCCCGCCUGUUGCUGGACGAGAUGACCGCGGCAGAAGUGAACGCAGUUGAUAAUCUUGGGCGCUCAGCAUUGAUGUAUGCGGGCCGAAACGUGCACUAUGCUGCUUUUUGUGAAGUUUUGGAAUGCUGCCCUAGCGUCGAGGUGAACCGAAGAGACCCGGCAACCGGCAACACAGCAUUUCUCUUGCUCAUGCAUGAAGCAAAUGCGCCUGUUUGGUCAGAAAGGGUGGACGCAAUAAACCGAAGGUUUCGGCGAAUUUUUGACGGUUUCUACCCCAGGUCCGCACGGCCGGACGUGCUGCUCAAACCGCAACCCUACGACUAUUUUUUGAAUAUGGACACAAGCAUGUCCUCACCGAAGAGAAAGGUGUACACGAGGUCGCUCAAAGAAGUCUGGGCGCUUUUGCAGCAGCAAGGCUGUGACAUUACCGCGCGAAACAAUCAAGGCGAGGACUGCUUUGCCUUGGCGUUGAAGUACCGUGGUCGCACAUUCGCAAAGUGCUUACGUGAAGUUGUUAGGUGAGACACGCCAGCCAAGAUGGUGCUUUUACCCAAGAAGCGCGACAGAGUAUCUAGGCACAAGCUCUUGGGUGGCUUUUUUCUGCCCAAGGGCCCUUCAAUGCAGCGUCAGCUUAGUCGGUUCAGAAAUCAAGGAAGCUCAAGAACGAUCCCGAAAGUUGAUGGGCCAGCUACCUCACUCGCACUCCAGUUCCCUGUGACGUUGAAGAGCAGCAGCCGCACGUCAAUUUUCAUUAUCUUUUCGGCAGUGCUGGUCCUUCUUGUAGCUUUUGCGGUCGUCUCCCCAAGCCCACUCGGCUGGUUCAGAAGAAACUGAGCAGAUAUUGAAAUUGUACCAGCGCAACUUGUGAAUGAAUGUUUAUGUAUCCUAAGUAAGUAUCUACAAACGGAACGACGAUAUAUGUGCGUAUUAAUCGGGAGACACUAUCUAGGAGAAGAAACAUAAAAGUACACAAUUUGAAGAUUCGUCUCUCGUUGCUUCUGCAGUACCUUAUUUCCAAAGGUCCAGCAGGGAACAGCUGAAUAUACCCAACUCCCAACGGCUCUUCACGACAGUCGGUGUCUUCUUACAAGACGAGGGUUCGAGUAAUUUAAACUAAUCAGUAACGACGUACUGUUCAACUUCCCAUCAAUCCUAUGUGCAGGUGAGCGAUGCUGGAUUUGCAUCGUCGCUGCCCCUCCUUGAAGCGAGCGCCUGUGGGUGAAGCAAGCUACGGCUAGUUUCUUCUAAAGACUCAAUUUUUUUCUUUCCUCUUUC